CAACAGCUGAGAAAUGAUAAAUCUGUUGAGCGAAUGUUUAUCAUUUACACACAGGCAAUAUUUUUAUAGAGUAAGAUAGGUUUAAUCGUAAAUGGAUUUUAGCGUUAUUCAAGGGAGUUUAUCACUGAAUUAUGAUUGGAAAAGUUGUGUUUAUAGCUCUUUUUGGAUUUGGUUUCAGAUAUUUCCUUAACUAUAGAGAUUGGCUAGACUGGGAAAAGGAUGUGAUUCUUAAUGUCAGACCAGGCAACUGUACAACAAUCUUAGAAAAUGGUGGGGCAGAAGAUGUUACGCACAUUGUUAACGGGGUUCUCUUGAUGUCAACAGGCUUGAGUUUUUCCGGAUCAAUUGGAAAGCUGCAAAUGUUGGACUUACAAAAUCACAACAAGUUAACUCCACUAAAUAUUAUAAACGCGCCUAAAAGAGAAGAUUUUCUGGCGGGACCUCACGGAAUAAGUACAUGGCGAGAUCCAAAUACAGAUCAGUUGUUUCUGUAUGUGAUUACUCAUCCAAUGGAGGGAGAUCGGGUUGAAGUUUUUGAGGUUUUGAAAUCGUUUGAACUUCAGUACAUCAGAUCAAUUACAGAUCCCCUUUUCAAAUUGAUGAACGAUUUGGUUGCUGUUGGAAAAGAUAAGUUCUACAUAACAAAAAGCAUACAUUUUCGUAAAUACAUAGUUUUAGAAUGGAUAAGUCUUCUUAAAUUUGGUGGUAUCUAUUAUUACGAUGGUAAUAAAGCGAGAGAAGUUAUCCAGGGAUACCAUGUACCUAAUGGAAUCAAUAUCUCGCCAGAUAAAAAAAUGAUAUAUGUCACAGAAUGGGGAACACGUUCGUUAAAAGGCCUUAGAAUAGACUCGUCAAACAAUCUUGUAGAAGAAUGGAGCGUGAAUACUGGUACUGGAAUAGACAAUAUUGAGGUUGACCCUGACUCGGGAGACCUUUGGAUAGGUGCAAUUCCUAUCACUUGGAAAGUUCUCAUGGGCCGAUUACGUCCAAGUCAGGUAAUCCGGGUCAAAAUGCGAGAGAACAAGGUCUCCGAGAUGGAAACAAUUUACCAAGAUGACGGUAGAAACAUAGCUGGAUCAUCUGUAGCAACAUUUGCUGCCGGGAAAAUUGUCGUUGGCUCUGUCAAUGACCAAGCUAUUGUUUGUGAUGUGAAUUACUUAACACCAAACAACUAGAACUUUUAGGGAAGAUACAAGAAUUUAAUGACAUUUGCUUUUAGCAUCAAGUAUAAGACUGAUAAUGUGAAGCUGAAAAUGUCUGAAGGAUGGUGUCAAGUGUGUUGAUCUCAGUUCUAACUCGCCUGGUAUAAUUCAGAGCCAAUUACUUAAAUAUCAGUAAAUUGUAUGUGAAGUGAAUGUUUUGUAUAUUGAAUUGAAUGUGUAUCCGGACUAUACUGGUACAGAAUCGAUAAAUAAAAGAUAUUUAAAACGAUA